AUGAAUAAAGCCACACCUUGCAAAAAACAUCCAAAUUUUUCUACAUAAUGGGUUAGGAUUCUUCAAUAGAAUAUAGAUUUUGGAUGUAUCAAAUGUUUAGAUGAAAUUAAAGAUAAACUACACAUUCAAUAUUUACCAGAUGUAAAUUAAUAAAAUAUAAAUAGGUUAUUUAAGACCCAAGUAGUCUAAUACCUCAUAUUCCAAUUGAAGAAAAAUACAAAACCCUAUAUAAUAAUUUGAAUGAAUUCUAAGAAUAAAAAUUAGAAAAAUAUUAUGGAUAAUUGGAAAAAUCACUAAUUAGUUUAUGCGAAUAUUUAAAGAAUUUUAUUUAGAAUGGAAGAACAUGUUUAGAAGAAUUCAAAAAGAAAUGUAAAGAAUCCAAAGAAUUGCUGUAUUAAGUAUAGAGAAGUUCUUAAUUUUUUAGUAAUUCAAAAUAAAUGAAAUUCACUCAUUAAUUAAAUAAUAUGAAUUAUACGAAAAUUAAGAUAUUUCGGAUUAAAUAGAAAAAAAAUUGAAUGACAUAAGAGAACAAGUGAAUGAAGAUUUGAUGAAAGAAUAAAGUAGCAAGAUUAAAAAGAUAUAUGAUGAAACUUUAUUAUCAAUAUAUAAGUAAAAUACUUUAAAUAUUUUAGAUUAAAUUUAAAUUGCAACUAAUAAAUCGAUGAAAUAUCAGCUUAAAUCAAUAACAAUGCAUAAGAGUUAAAAUAAUACUUCCUUGAAUCAUUUAAAUCUAUAUAUAGAUUAACUCCUUAUAAUACAAAUCAAAAAUCUCUCCUAAUUCAGAAUUAGUCACUGUUUUAAAAUAUCAGCAGUUUAGGCAUUGUUUAGAUAGAAAAAUCUAAGUUUUAGUUUUCUGAAAACAAUUUCCCUUAUUAUAGUUCAAGGAUUUUACCACAAUAUUAUUUUGAAUACAUUUUACAAUAAGAUACUUUUUAGUAAAUUUUGGGUUAUAAUCCCAAUCUUAAUUUGAAAGCCUACAAUAUAUUUGAGCCAAAAAAUUAAGAAAUUGUAAAUGGAUAACAAUUUUGGAAUUAGGAUUCCAAACUAAAACGUUAGAAUCGGGAAAUUAAUGCUAAAUUAAUGAUAUUUAAAUCUAAUAAUAAGGGAAACCCUAUUUUUGGUUAUUUCGUAUCCAAUGGAAUAGAAUUUAUUUUUUCAUAUACUCAUAAUGAAAUUUAUCCUAACAAAUAAAUGAAAUAAAAAAGGCAAAACGGUUUAUAAUUUAAUCCUAUAAAAUAAUAAUAAGCCAAAAAUUAAAUAGAUAGUUUUAUAGUAGGGAAUUAUGAUAUGGAAAUACAUGCUAAUUUGAUUGAUGGAAAAUCAAUGUUGGGUCAGGAAUUCAUAUGGGAUAGCUAAAAUAAUGAAAUAGAUAAGAGUGAAUAUUUGUUUGGAGGAGCUAAGCCAAAUAUUCAGCUAUGUGAAAUAUUUUAUUUUUGA